AUGGCUACAAGCCAACCGGUUGACGAAGAAGAGCUUCCUAAUUUUUCUCUGGGGCUAGAAUUUUUAAACCCCAAAAAGGGAGCAAAUGAAAAGGAUGCAAGCGGACAAGUGACACCUAAUCGUUUCGCAACCUUGAGUGAGUCCGAGAUGCAGGCCAUCUUAGAAGAAAAGCACGCAGCAAGAACAAAACAACUAACAAACUGGUCGAUUAACACAUUCAAAGGUAAAUAAUUCCACUAUAAAAACAUUUCAUUUUAUCUAUAGCCGGCACAGGAACAGUAAACAUAGCAAACACAGAUCUGUCGGUCACGUAAACAUUUCAGAGUGGCGGUUCGUAACAACUUUUUGUCUGCCGGUUAAUUAAGCGAUAGCAGCUUUUAAAAGGUUUCUUUUUUCUUUAAGAGUUUUGCAAUAUGAGUUAAAACGUUUGAUUAAUUGAAAUUUUUGCUUUUAAUUAAAGCUUGGUGCAAAGAAAAAAAGAUUCAAACGCCAAUUGAGCAAAUGACGAUAGGACAACUAGAUGUCAACUUUCGCAGAUUCUACGCCGAGGCGAGAAAUAAAGCGGGAGAGCCGUACAGUAAAUCUACCCUUCUCGGAUUCAGACACUCAUUUGAGAGGUACCUAAACAGACCUCCUUUUAACCAAGGUUUGAAUCUGAGCUCCGAUCCACGUUUCAAAAGAUCAAAUGAGAUGCUGAAUGCGCAGAUUGUCCACUUAAAGCGCCAAGGAAAAGAGAAUGUGAAGCACAAGCCAGCGAUUGAAGAUGAAGAUUUAAAGAAGCUUAAAACUUCUCAAGCCAUUGCACUUACCAGCCCUCUUACCUUGCUUCAAAAUGUGUGGUUUCAUGUUGUCCUGUUCUUUUGUCGGAGAGGAAGAGAAGGCCAGAGGGAACUCAAAAGGUCAAGUUUCAAAUUUGAAGCUGAUGCCUCUGGAAGAAAGUUCGUCACAAUGGCGCACGAUGAAGCAACGAAAAAUCAUCCUGGAGGACUUAGUGACGUCUCGAGCCAUGAAAAGUUGGCAAGGAUGUACGAAACCCCUGACGAAAACGACGGUUACAAAGCCAUGAAGAUUUACCUGGAGAAGUUAAACCCUAAAUGCGAUGCAUUUUUUCAAUAUCCGAAGAAGCACUGGAAAUACGAUGACGAAGUUUGGUACGAUGCAAGACCAAUCGGUGUCAACAAACUCGACGGCAUGAUGAAGGACAUCAGCAGGGCUGCCGAACUGUCGAAAGCCUACACAAACCACAGCGUCAGGGCCACCGCAAUCACCUUGUGGUCAAACGCCGGCGUCCAAAAUCGCCAUAUUAUGGCGAUAUCCGGUCACCGCAGUGAGCAGAGUUUGGCGCACUACAACACACGGCCUUCGACAUCACAACUUCAGCAGUGCAGCGAUGUCCUUUCUAGAAGUCUGAACGCCGAAAAUUCCUUUUUUUCUGGCAAUCAAAUAAACGACCGUACCCAAAUUCAAGAACACAGCGUGAUGACAACGGGAACGUCAAGCAGCUUUCUUGGAUCGCUCUUCAACAACUGCACGGUACAACAAGCACAUGUGCACGUCACUUUGGGCUCCGAUUUCAGCCGGGGACGUUGA